AAAUAUCAUAGUUGGGGCCUGUCUACAGCAUUUUCAAGAUGGCAGCCUCCAUCGUUUAAAAAACGUGGAUCAUUUCGUAAGUCAAAAUCCUCGUAAAAGGGCAUAAAAAUGAUAGAGGAUCUUCUCCCUCCAUCACCGAAUUGGUACUGCAGUCAAGCGAGUGACUCGAGUGAGGAUGGAUUGCUUGCAUAUGCCACAAGAAGUGCGAUCUUUCUACUCGAUGCUCGAACCAAUCCGCCGAGUUACGCGGGGUGCUUGACCGGGCAUUCGGGCCGAGUGGCAGCCGUUAAAUUCGGCAGGGAGACCCACGACAGACACCUGUGUGCUACGGCGGGCGAUGAUGGUUGUGUAAAAGUGUGGGAUGUACGAAACAAGGUGGUUGUGAACGAGCAUCAGUGUCAUAAUGAGAAUAAAGUCACAACAGUCCAAUGGUGUGCCUCAACACUGCCAAACAGUCAAGUCAUUUCAGGCGAUGAGAAGGGCACCCUCGUCUGGUGGAAUCAUGUCAGUGGCAAGAGUAAGGAAUUUACACCAGAAAAACGACACAUCUACUGUCUGGCAAGCUGUCCUCACGAUGGGACAUUUGUAGCUGUUGGCUACAAGACAGGUCUUGUGCUGAUCGUAGACAUCAGCGGCAAAGGACAGAUCAUCCACAGGCUGAGGGGUCAUGAUGAAGAGGUCCAUUCUGUCUGCUGGUCUCCAAUACUUGGGGAGGACAUUCAGCUCAAGAAACCAACAUCGGAUGGAGAAACCACCCAUACCCAAGGGGUCUCCCCACAGAUGCUUCCUGAUGGCUCCCUCCCGUCAACCUCAUCAACUCCUCCAUCUACUCUGAGAGAGCAAGGAUGUCUGCUCAUUUCAGGGAGCCGAGAUCGCACUGUCAGAGUUUGGAACACCACUCAGGGGAAGGCGGUGCUGACCCUGGGGCUUCCCCCGCGGGGAGGGGCGCACCGGACAAGAGACAGGGGUGACGACGGGGGAAAGGCGAGGGUGUGGGUGGGUCUCUGCUGGCCGUCUGACAAACCAAGGGAAUUCAUUUCAAGUUCUUAUGGAGGAGAUGUUAUAUUGUGGGACUUGUGCAAACCAGGAAAGCAGAAAUGGGAAUACUGUGGCAUGGAUGAUGCUGUGUCUCAUAGCAGAGUUGUUUUCAACAUAACACGCUCUGCACAAUCUCCGGAUAUGUUCAUCACUACAUCAAUGGACAGACAGAUUAUAUGCUGGAACAUGAAGACGCUCAAGGCCGUCUGGUCCAUCCCCACCCUAGGGGGAUUUGUCUAUAGUCUGUCAGCAUGCCCGAUGGAUCCAGGCUGCCUGGCCCUAGGGGUGGGGGACAACAUGAUCAGGGUGUGGAACACAUCAUCCCCAGGGAGGGGCAAGACUGUCGGCGUCCUGUGGCAGGGAAUCAAGUCCAAAGUCACAGCGCUAUCUUGGCACCCAGAGAGGGACAACUGCCUGGCAUAUGGCACAGACGAUGGACGCGUAGGCAUCUACAAUACCUUCACACAAGGUAAAGGGCCUAACCUGUCCAGCACAUUCCACAAGAAGACAGUCUACUCCCUCAGCUGGGGCCCACAGUGUCCUGCCAAAGAGGGAGUAUCUGGCUAUUGCCUGUACAGCUGUGGUGGUGAUGGCAUCAUAUACCAACAUGACCCAAGCAAGCUGGGGGAGGAUGCCACAAACCUCAACAGCCUCAUACGCUCAGCCAAUCAAAUUACUUACAUGCUGCCUCUUCGCACCGAGGUAUCUUGGAGAGAUGAUGGUCGCGCUGUCGCUAUUGGCAACGAGGAUGGAUCUGUUGAGGUCGUGGCAUAUCCCAGUCUCUUGCUGUUGUGUACUAUCAGAGUCCACCACAAGCUCAUCAACUGCCUCAAGUGGUAUCCAGCUCACAGCCAAUCAGGGGACAGUGCUCAGCUUUCCAACCAAUCAGCAGGCGUGUUAGAAGAUGGCUUGGUUGGCACCGGCCAAUCAGGGAAGAGAUGGUGGCUGGCCUCGGGCUCCAAUGAACCACAAGUGCAAGUACACGAUCUGGCAUCUGUACUCGGAGGAACUGAGCCAGUUCAGUUGAAGACACCCAUCACUGGAUCCUUCCGUACUCUGAAUGGCCAUACACUGAGGAUCACAGCGUUGUCAUGGAGUCCCCAUGGCAAUGGACGCCUGGUGUCUGCUUCUUACGACGGCACCGCUCAGGUGUGGGAUGUGCUGAAGGGAGAGCCCAUUGCCAAUUUCCGGAGUCACUUCGGUCGCCUGUUCUCAGUCCUGUGGAGUAUCCUAGACCCUGAUGUCAUCUUCUCAGGUGGAGAAGACUUCUGUCUGUUGAAAUGGAGGGUGUCUCAAGUUCAGCACACCAGACCGCCCACCCACAAAAGGAAUACAGCGGCAGUAAUGCACCGCAGCGGGAAGAGCAAAACGGCGUCAUCUGCGAAGAACAAGAAGAAAGCAAAAUCAAUCAAGGACACAUCCAGUGUAGGCAGCACGCCUCCAAUGUCCUCCACCCCAGAGCCAGCAAUGAAUAAAGAUGCCCCACCCAUCCCUGAGGGACCUCCCCCUGACGGAUCCAUUCUGGACACACCAGUAGAUGUGUCGGAACUGCAGCGGCUUCUGGAGGAAAAGAGACUUGAGAUGCUGCAACUGGCGUCGACCGAGGCCCCAGCAAAUGAAGAGCAGACAGUGACUGUGACGAACAAGGAGACUCUCGUGGAAGAGGCAGUUCUGGAACAGGAUGCCAGAGAAGUUGAUAAAACUGGGGGGAAAGGAGGGGGAGGAGACAAAGAAGUGGGCGUGGUAACUGAAGCCCAGGCAACAGAUGCCCCUGAUGUCACAUAUAAGAAAGAUGGCCGUCGGAAGAAGAAACACAAGUCCUUAUUUCCUCUCAGUCGGAGUCAGGAUAACAGAGGCAAGUUGUAUCAUCUGGAGGACUGCGUCACUCUUGCACAGCAUAAAUACGGUACAGAUAAGGUUGCCGGACCACCGACUACAUCCCAUCCAGCUGUGGGAGAUCAAGUCUUUUCAGCAGGGGCCAUGGAGGCUGGACCAUCUGCUAGACUCCAUCCAGGAGUGGGAGAUGGCGUCCACCUUGGCCUGUUUGCUGACAGGAGGGCGGCCUAUGCCAUGUUCAGAGAGGAAGGCACAUAUCACAAUGAAGCCGGUAACCGAGACCAGAGCCAGCAUCUGGACAUGUGGAAGGGGAAUUUAGCUGGCGCCCUAGCUCGCGCCACAGAAUGCAAUCAACUCAGUAGCUUUCUUGUUGCCAUGGCGCCUUUAGGUGGAUAUGAUGUUUGGCUGGAGACUACUGAGGCUUAUGCCAGACAGCUGGAACGAAGCGAAGACUACACAGGGGCUGCUACCUACUACCUGGCAUGCCACAAGAUACACAAGGCAAUCGCUGUGCUGCGAGACAACAGACUGUUCAGAGAAGUAGUAGCUUUGGCAUCUGUGAGGCUAUCACCAUUCGAUCCUGCCUUCACUGAGGUCUACAAAGCCUGGGCUAGUCACUUGGAAGCUGAAGGAAGCUAUGGCCAGGCUGCAAAGUGUUAUCUGACAAUCAACCAACCGGCUGAUGCGGUGAUGCUUCUGGCCAGAAAGAGUGACAUCCCGUCUCUCGCUGCUGCUCUGCGUGUGUCGUGCAUCACUGACCAAGGGAGCCUGACUAGUGGCCUGAUGGUCCGAUAUUUGCAUGAAUGUCUCAUGGCCAGUGAUUGGCUAGAAGCGCAGGGGCUGUUAGCCAAUCACAGAAGUGUUUUGUCUGGUAGCCUUGUCGCAGCUGUGCAUGAAGUCAUUGUCACCACACUAACAUACCAGAAGCUCAUACCAGACGAUCUGUUUACUGAGGCAAAGACCAAUACAUGCAUACAAGAGGUGUUCCAAGAUGAGACGCACAUUAUAGACGGCUUGUCUGAAUGGGCCACCCCUCUUUCCAACCAAGCUACGCUCCUCGUAUCUGCUGUGCGACAGUGGUUCCUGCGAUGUGGUUUGGAUCAAACGGAUACAGAUUUUGUGCAUUGCCUUUAUGACGAAGUCCGUAAUGUUCAACAACGAAACACCCAACAUUUGCCAACAAAACAGCUCCUCAUCGAGAUAGCAUUUGAGUUGACCCUGGGUCAGCUGUUGUGCCUCAUCCCCGGUGUUUCCGAUGAGGCAGUUCCUCAUUGGCUGCUAGCCGUCCUCAUGUGCCAUGAUGUUGCAGACAUGGACAUUGCGCGAGGGGUGCUGGCGUUGGUGCUGCCUGACGGUAUUCAAUCAAUCCAGACGCUACAACAGAGUCCUACUGUCAGCAGUCUGCGUGCACACUAUCUCUUCACUGUGCUGUAUCACCUGUGGUGGGAGGUUGGGAACUAUACAUCACUCUCGGAAAAUACUAGACAAUUGAGCAAAGACAAUCCAUCAAGAGACUGCCAACUAGGAAUGGAUACAAACAAUGACGUAACCGCCCUGUCUGCUUGUAAAGAAUCACUGAAAUCACAUUCAGAUACAGGUGACGUCACUGUAUCAUCAGAGGUGGUGACUGAAGGUGAUUUGGGAUUGGCAAAAAAUUCUGGUCAAGCUACUGCAGACUCUGGGCUGAUAAAUGGAACAUUGCAAGCUACAUCCAACCACAAUGAUCUAUGCACAGAGGGGACAGAGAACCCAAACCAGAGUGUGAAUUUGUGCACUGCCAGUGCUGACGGCGAAAUCGGUUCUCAGAUUUCGCCACCUUCGCAUCUACUAGGCAGUGGCCAAACGUUCAGUGCAACGAGCACAUCAUUAGAAGACACACUGUGUUCAAAACUGAUUUUGAUUUCUCAGUGUCUGCUCUCGGAGCCCCACGCCAAACUGAGGAGCCUGAGGGGCAGACUUAGAUGUAUCCAGACGGCGGUUGGGAAACUGGUGGCCCAGCACGCCAGGAAAGAACAGGAGGGGGUGCCUGCUGCUUGCCAGGACCAGGAGGGCUCUGCAUGCAGGUCCAACCGUGAGGCUGAUUUUGACACUAGUGCCCAUGAGAAGAACGGUUCAUCAGACCCAGUUGCCAGCCCUGGUCAUGCGGCCGUGCCAAAGGAACAUUCUGUGGCUCUCUGUAAACCCGACUCGAACAAAAUUGUUACUGAUAACACAAGCAGUGGUGGAAUAGAUGGAGACUCAUCACUGUCCCUCAAACCCAAAGAGGCAGACACCAUUGCCUCAUCUGGUGAGGCAGGAGGGACCUCAGAUGAAGCCCUCGCAACCACAGCAAAACAGCUCCAGACAAACUUGAAAAGUUCUUCGGUAGAAACUCCUUCGGCAGUGGAGGUCAUGUCAGAAGUCUGUCUGCCCAGUGACUGGGAAGAAAUGAUGGCCGACAUCAAGUAUUCGCAUCCCGCCGUGACGUACGCUGUGCUGUUGCAGGAGCAACAACGCCUAAUGGAGGAAGUGGAUAAACUUGGCAAUGAUCAGAGUCCAUUCCCCGACACAAUGGAAUCUGCCAUGGUACUCCUGCACGUCUGUCGUGCAGCACGCCGCAAGAUGAAAGUCUCCGAGACGGAUCAGACUAAGCUACAGAAACUUGAAAAGGAAGCCGCGAUGUGGGGACUGAAGCACAGCUGGCUGACCGAUCAAAGGAAGUUGUUCAGUAAGAAACUCGCCAAAUUGGAUUACUGACUGAAAUAAUCGUACCUGCAAGUUUGAAGUUUGACAAAUAAGGCAAGCCUCCUUAAGCUAGUCCAAGAGUGCACAAAGUUCUACUCAAUUGAUUCAGCAUGGCUAUUCACUUGAAAUCUUUUCAUGCAUGUGGCCUAAUAAUAAUGUGGUGAUUAUGUAGCGCUUUACACCUAAGGUUUCAAAGCCCUUCACAAUUAUUAUCCCUGUUCUGCAGCAG